AUGAACAGAUUCACUGAAUGGGCCAAGAUUUAUGGUGGUCUCUACAGCUUCCGUAUUGGCCCAGCCACCGCCGCUGUGAUCACGGAUCGAAGUCUGGUCAAGGAACUGCUCGACAAACGCAGCGCUCUAUACAGCUCACGGCCGAUCUCCUAUGUCGGACAGAACCUGAUAACUGGCGGCGACCAUCUUCUUGUUAUGGACAAUAACGAGACUUGGAGGCUAUUCCGCAAGACAGUUCACCAGCACUUCAGGGCGGGCAUGUGCGAGAAAGAGCACGUCAAGCUGCUCGAAGCCGAGCAUACACAGAUGAUGCGCGACUUUCUCCUGUAUCCAGAGAAACACAUGCUGCAUACAAAGCGCACAACUAACAGCAUAAUUAUGAGUCUGCUGUAUGGGAUCCGUACCCCGUCAUGGGAUACACCACAUAUGCAGGAACUGUACGAGAUAAUGGAGAAAUGGUCCAAGAUGAUGGCAACCGGCGCCACACCGCCAGUCGAUAUCUUUCCGUGGCUGACAUGGAUACCACAAAAGUGGCUGGGCAACUGGAUUGAUCGGUCGAUAGAGGUGGGCACAGGCAUGAAAGCGUUAUAUGGGUCCUUCCGGCGACGGGCGAUUGAAGCGCGACGACAGGCCGAGGAGGGUUCUCAAAGCCGAGCUCGCAUAUUCAUUGACCACGUCCUCGACCUACAGGAAAAGGAAAACCUCACUGAUAACCAGGUCGAUUUCCUCGGUGGCGUGAUGAUGGAGGGUGGAUCCGAUACCGGAUCCACGAUGCUCCUCGUGAUGAUCCAGGCACUGGUGCAGCAUCCGGAAGUACAGGAACGGGCGCGCGCCGAGAUCGAUGCCGCCUGUGGUGAAGACCGAUCCCCGACAUGGGCGGAUUUCAGCCGUCUACCAUAUAUCAAUAUGAUAGUCAAAGAGACGAUGCGCUGGCGGCCAGUGACGCCACUAUCAUUUCCGCACGCGCUCAGCCAAGACGAUUGGAUCAAUGGGCACCUCUUGCCGAAGGGAACAACUGUAUUUCUGAACGUGUGGGGCCUUCAUCACGAUGAAAACGUAUUUCCGAAUCCCGACCGAUUCGACCCCAGUCGAUACGAAGGGCGAACUAAUCUGGCCUCGGACUACGCCGCCUCCCCGGACUACAUGCAGCGAGACCACUUCAUCUAUGGGGCUGGACGACGACUCUGUCCAGGGAUCCAUCUGUCAGAGCGUAGCAUGUUCAUCGGAGCGGCGAAGCUCCUCUGGGGGUUUCAGUUCAAUCCUGAGCUCGAUGAGUCAGAAAGGCCGGUCGCCAUAGAUACCGACCCAAUCACAGGGUACACCGAGGGGUUCCUGGUGUGUCCGCGAGCGUACAAGUGCAAAGUUUCCCCUCGCUCCGCUGCAAGGGCCGAGACGAUUCUCAGCGAGUUCGCGCGCGCCAGGUCCGAGAUCCUUUGUCAGUAUGCGACGCCAUAA